GGUUCGUCCAGCAAGGCGCACAGUUUCCGUUUAAAAAGAAAAAUCUAAUAUAUAUAAUUAUCAACAUGGCUGAACAGAAGAAGGCACCGCUCUUGAAAAAGGAGGAGGAUUAUGUCAAGGCCCUUGAGGGUUUCAUCACACCCGAAACAGAUCAGGUGGCACUGCUAUUGGAUUACGAUGGCACACUUGCUCCACUUACCGAGGAGCUUUCGAUUAUGCCCAAGGAUACUGAAAUCAAUAUUAAGAAAUUGGCUGCUAAUGAUAAAAUCUUUAUGGUUGUCUUCUCCGGUCGCGAACUGAGCGAGAUUAAGAACCAUUUGAAAUUCCCCAAUGUUACCUAUGCUGGUAACCAUGGUCUGGAGGUGGAAUAUCCCUCUGGCAAGAAGUUCAAGAUUGAAAUGCCCGAGGAGCUGCUGGAGAAGCACAACAAAUUGGUUGCUGAGCUCAAGGAGAAGGUUGUCUGCUCUGGCGCCUGGGUGGAGGAUAAGAAAAUUUCGGUUACCUAUCACUAUAAGGGUGUCACCGACAAGCUGAAGUCCAAGCUUAUUGCUGAUGCUAAGGGUCUGAUUCAGUCCCAUGGCUUCCAGCUUAUUGAGACUCCAUAUGCCUUAGAGGGCAAGCCACGCGUCAACUGGGAUAAGGGAGAGGGCGCCAAGAUGAUUCUGGAGAAGCAGUUCGAUGCCGAUUGGGCCAAGAACUUGAAAAUCAUCUAUGUUGGUGAUGAUACCACCGAUGAGGAUGCCAUCAAGGUGCUGCAUGGCAUUGGCAAGACCUUCCGUGUGUCGGAGUUGCCCACGCUCAAGACCUAUGCCAAUUAUCAAAUCAAGACCGUUGAAGAGGUCGGCUGGUUGCUGAAAGCUGUGCAGGGUUACUACGAGAAGAAGAAGAAGGCAUAAGCAUAACUUAGAGCUUAAGCUAAAUUCCACACUCACAUACACAAACAAACAA